CUCAACGUUCCGUCCUCAACGUUGCGGACGACGACAAGGCCAUCGACUCCCUCCCUCAAGAGCAAGACACCGACGGGGAUGGCCAACUCACCUUCACACUCAUCGACGCAUUCGAUGGGCUCGAGCAACCUUCAGCCUCCGAGUGUAACCGACCAGAAACGGCAGAGACGAAUGACCAGUCCGUCUUCAGCGUCCUUGACUCUGCCUGAAAAAUCUCCCAGCCAAUCGUCGUCCGGGCGACCACCAUCGCCUCUUCGCAACGAGUUCAUCCCGAACACGUUCACGGGCGUCGAUGCCGAAUCCGAAGACGGAGAUGAAGACGGUGAAGACGAAGACGAAGAUGGCCAAUGGAUGCGUUCACCCUCUCCAGCGUCCUCCGUAUCUCAAUUUGCCGCCAACUGGGCAAAUCGAGUCGGAAAUCUCGUUAGUGGUAUCGCGCCCCGGUCGCCCAGUGGCAUGCCCACGGACGCCGAGAUCGAAGCAGAGGCCGAAAGAGAACGCGAACGUGGCCGCAGGGAGGCUGAGCGAAUCUUGACAGAGGAAGCUGCUGGUCGCAAAAUGCUGGAAGACCGUGUUUUGGCCAUGUUAGAAUCGACACGGUCCCUUCCUCCUCCUCCGUCUCGUUCACAGACAGUGCCGGUCUCCAAUCCUCCAUCGCCGUCGGCGUCCCAAAAGGAGAGCAUGGGCUGGUGGACGGCGGCGAAGAAUCGGCUUACACCGACCAAGGAACUUACCCCUGCGCAGCAGGUGAUACAGGAUACCAAAGCCCGCGACAAGGAGCAAAAGAGGACCAGCAAGGGAAAGGAGAAGGAGAAGGAGAAGGAGAAGGAGAAGGAGAAAGCCUGGCCGGCCAACAUGCAAACCAAGUAUUCCGAUCCUGCGUACUUGAACCUCAAUGCCCCCACUACACCGCCGCGCCGACCCGUCCCUAUCUCGUCUCCCAAUGUUUCCCCGACGCCUUCUCGUCCGACCACUACUAUUAUGCCCCCAAAUCUAACACCGUCACCUAUGCGCCGUACUGACUCUGGAUCGUCACCGUCUCAAGAGGUGCCUCCUCUCUACGCGCACUUCGAUCCUGAAGGCACACUGGAUGUGCAUGUUACGCUUCUUACCAUCGCAAAGCGGUUCGAAAAGCUGGAGAAAUGGACUGUCGGCCAUGUUCGAGCCUUGGAGGAACGGAUGAGCGAUGUCGAGCGGUGGCUCGUAGAUAAGGAGAAGGAGAAGGAGAAAGAGGACUCAUUCGUUCGUGAACCUCCAGAACCGGCUCCCAACUACGAUAAGGAAAUGCAAGAUCUUCGCGAUGAAAUGACAGAGAUUCAGAGUCGCGUGGGGGAACUCGGGAGGGAGAUGGCAAAAUUAGCGACUGCGCCCGCCAAUCUUUCUUCCGGACCCUCACGUCAAUCCGCAGAAAUAUCUGUCGCACCACAAACUACAUCAUCUAUUGUCGUUCCAGGGAAUUCCUAUCCAACGCCCGCUAUGAAUACGCCUAAUCAGGGUCGAUAUCCUGCUGCGACAGCUCUUCAAACCAGUCCGCCCCUGGGUUCGGCUAAGAGCUCCGUCAGCCGUCUUCCUUAUCCAACAGGUGAUUACGCUUCUCCUCCUCCAAGCACCGUCACUUCCUUCUCGCCUCCUCAUUCACCUCCAUCAGCCUCACGUACCCGACCUCUUUCCAUUUCUGGUCUUCCUCCAGUUGGGGCUGGGGUGGGUUUGGGCAUCAACACGGUGACCACUGCCAGUCACUCCUCUUCUCCUUCGCCUUCAACUUAUUCCUCUGCAUUUACGUCGACCCAACCAGUCUCUCGUUCCUCAAGCCCAGCGCCGAAGAAUCUACCACCGCCUCCUGGAUCACGCAGACCCAGUUACAGCCCGACACCGGCUCCCCGAAAACGAUACACUGUUGCACUGGGCGAACCUAUCACGUCCCCUCCAGAGGAAGAGGAACGACCCCCCGAGCGCCCAUCUUCAUCCGCAGCAUCACCAUCCAUCGGCCGAGCAUACUUCUCAAGCUCCCCCAAAGCAGUCAGCGACGAGGAGGAGGAGGAGGGGGAGUUCCAAGAAGAGACGGUCGGAAAAUCCAGCGCUUCCAGGCGCCUCGGCUCGAGUUCCGCCCCUGCUUCACCCCCGAACGCGGACCGGCGGAUUCGUGCUCAGUCGACGUAUGGGUUCUCUUCAUUGCAAGCCCCGCAGGCGUCCAUAUCGCCGUUAAAGCCAAAGUUGCGGUCGCGGUCGUCGGAGCGCAGCACGGCGGUGGCACCUGCUCUGGGCAAGUUUGUGGAUCCGUAUGUGUUGAGGCAGCAGAGUAUGAAUGCGAGCAAGGUCCCUGCUCCGAAACGUGUUGGAAAGGUCCCGAUCGGUCAGCUGGUCGCGUUUUUUGAUGGGGAGAAGUAGAAAUGAUGAUGAUGAUUUUUUUUUUAAUGCAUAUAUUUUUUUUGUUUUUGGUCUUGUGUGUUGUGUUGUUGGUGGCACAUCUAUAAUCAUCUAUACCCUACUAUAGCAUUAUCUUUCAAUCAGUAGUCAAGUCCGCUCAGAAUCAGACAAGUCUUUGGGUC